CAUGAACCGGCUGUUGCAUAUCUGCUGGCCUAUGCCCCCCUUGGAGAAAAACAAAAGAUGUUCCAAGGCACUUCAUCUCGAUACCCUCGUCCAGAGGCAGGGCAUGAACCCUGUAGUAUAUUGUAUAUUACGAUUCUUUAUAUGAGGCCGACUUAAGCGGACGGUUUAGUUAUAAGAUCCGGUCGAGGUCCGGACGCUGGUGCCACGCGCUAGACAACUUGAUGGACUUUGGCACUCAGUUGUGAUCGAUGAGUUGCAUAUACAUUUCACUACUGAGCUGGCUCACUUAGCGGCCUUGAUUAACCGGCCACCCACUCCUUAACUUAGUAGGCCCGUCCUUCGUUUGCCGAACCGACCAACUCGAGUUCGUUUAUUGUUUGUCUCAACCAUAUACCUACAAUCCUCGGAUUCGAUAACGUCGCCCGAGAUGGCGCGCGACUUAACAGAAGGGCAGCUGCGGGCUAUUAGCAUCAUCGAGCGCGUUGGCUCGGGAUGCUCGUUGCUCGGGUCGCUCUUCGUCAUUAUCACCUUCCUAUGCUCCAAAGCCUUCCACAAGCCUAUUAACCGUCUGGUCUUUUACGCCUCCUUCGGCAACAUGAUGACUAACGUCGGAACGCUGAUGUCAAGAGGAUAUCUUGACAGCCUCGACUCUUUCGGGUGCCAAUUCCAAGGGUUCCUCAUCCAGAUGUUUAUGCCUGCCGAUGCUUUCUGGACACUGGCAAUGGCGUGCAAUGUUUACUUGACCUUUUACCAUAAAUUCGAUGCCGCCAGACUUCGCAAGAUGGAGCUUUGGUAUCUUUUACUAUGCUAUGGCAUCCCGUUCGUCCCCGCUCUCACCUAUAUCUUUGUCAGGAAGGAAGGAUAUAGCAGGAUGUAUGGAAAUGCGACUUUGUGGUGUUGGAUAUCCACGGACUGGGACGUCUUCCGGAUUGCUACUUUUUACGGACCGGUCUGGGUUGUCAUCAUGAUCACUAUGUUCAUAUAUAUCAGAACAGGGGGUGAGAUAUUCAAGAAGCGCAAGCAGUUACGUCACUUUGGCGGCAGUAACAGUGCCCAUGGCCCAGAGCCACUGACCAUGGACGACCCCUUUUCGGUGAAGACGACAGAGGUGACAGUGACGAGAGAAUCUGCGGCAGAUGACAAAGAUGAACUCGACCUGGCCCCGUUUGGCCGGAUUGUCCCAACUAAGCAAACAUAUUCGGUGACGAUUUCAUCUGACAACAAGCCUAGCGGUCAAACUCAAGAAGGAAAUGCCUCUCAAAAUAAUCUACCACAGACGCCAAUGACCGGCCGAUUUCGAUCCAAGACACAAAAGCGAAGAGCGAAUUACGAGGCGAACAAUGCGGCAUGGUCCUACUCGAAGUGUGCGAUCCUCUUUUUUACGGCACUACUCAUUACGUGGAUUCCCUCCUCGGCCAACCGUGUAUAUGGUCUCGUUAAAGCGAAGGAUGUAUCGGCGACUCUAGAGAUCAUGAGCGCAAUCGUGCUCCCACUCCAGGGGUUCUGGAAUUGCCUGAUCUACGUCUCGACUAGUUGGGAAGCCGCAAAAAUCACGUUUGCGGAUGUCAAAGCACGCCUAGGCGGCCAUCGUCCCGACAACAAUUCCCGGUACGGUCGCGAAAUGGGCAACUAUACCUUUAAGCUCUCGAGCCGAAGUUCGCGCAAGGAUGUCGAGACGGAGAGCAUGACGGAGUUGGCUAACGCCAGUGAUGGAGUGUCCAACUCUAACCAGGAGCUCAAAGGCGUGGCAGUAUAACUCGGCAUCUUCUAUCUAGGCAUCUAGGUAGUUCAACUAACAAUUUACAAUCCUUCAUUACUUCAGAUUUUAACGACACUAUCUAUCAAUGUGAUUGAUACUUAUGAUGAUGG